UGUGGCAAAGUGGAAACGCUCGAUAAUCCGCUCGCUCGCUCGCUUCUUGUUUGUUGCUCGUUGGACCGCCGAACUCCGGACCGGUCGGGAAGUGAAGGCCGUACCGGGCCGAACUCUGCCCAAGUCCCGCUCCCCCCCGCCGUGAGCACCGGCCGCCGGUCGACAGACUCGAGCUCGGGAGGCCGGCGUAGCCGCGCUCCGUAGCCGCAGCGAUGAGCUUCUUCGGUUUCGGCCAAAGUGCGGACAUCGACGUGGUUCUGAACGACGCCGAGACGAGGAAGAGAGCGGAGCACAAGAGCGAAGACGGGCGCAAAGACAAGUACUUCCUGUUCUACGACGGGGAGACGGUGUCGGGGAAAGUCAACCUGACGCUCAAGAACCCCGGCAAGAGGCUGGAGCACAGCGGCAUCAAAAUCGAGUUCGUCGGCCAGAUAGAGCUGUACUACGACAGAGGAAACCACCACGAGUUUGUGUCUCUAGUCAAAGACCUGGCUCGGCCAGGGGAGCUCACGCAGUCACAAACAUUCGACUUUGAGUUCACACAUGUGGAGAAACCCUACGAGUCUUACACUGGUCAGAACGUCAAAUUACGCUACUUUCUAAGGGCAACAGUGGGCCGGAGACUUAAUGACAUUAUCAAAGAGCUGGACAUUGUGGUGCACACACUCAGCACAUACCCAGAGGUCAACUCCUCCAUAAAGAUGGAAGUGGGGAUCGAGGACUGUCUGCACAUAGAGUUCGAGUACAAUAAAUCAAAGUAUCACCUGAAAGACGUGAUCGUCGGUAAGAUUUACUUUCUGUUGGUGAGGAUCAAAAUCAAACACAUGGAGAUUGACAUCAUCAAACGGGAAACAACAGGCACAGGGCCCAAUGUCUACCACGACAACGACACCGUCGCCAAGUACGAGAUCAUGGAUGGCGCGCCAGUUCGAGGAGAGUCCAUUCCAAUCCGGCUGUUCCUGGCGGGCUACGAGAUGACACCCACCAUGAGAGACAUCAACAAGAAGUUCUCAGUGCGCUACUACCUCAACCUGGUGCUCAUAGACGAAGAGGAGAGACGCUAUUUCAAACAGCAGGAGAUCACCCUGUGGAGGAAAGGAGACAUCGUGAGGAAGAGCAUGUCUCACCAAGCAAUCAUCGCCUCCCAGCGGUACCAGGGCUCCUCCAAUACAGAGAAGUCCUUGGCCCAGGCUAAGGAAGACAGCAGCUAAAGCCUGGCACUCAUUCCGUCCAUGUGGUUUGUCAAAAGUGUGUGUGUGUGUGUGUGUGAUUGUGUGUGUGUGUGUGUGUGUGUGUGUGUGUGUGUGUGUGUUCACCUUGAGGGAACGCAGUACAUAAAUGAUCAGUGAGUUCUGGAUGGGGGUGCGAGUCAGUCUGUUCGCAUUGAACGAGUGUGCCGUUUUUUUUCUAGGACUCCGUGUGAGAGGCUUUAAAACAUAUCCUUAUACUGAGAGCAAGUGUUUGCUAUUGGAACAAAGAAUCGAACGUGGGUCAAACAAUACUAGCUGCAAACAUAAUAACAACACCCCCCCCCCUCCCCGAGUGUUUUACCAGGGGGGAGGUCUAGAUGGGUGGGGAAUACCUCAUCAGCGCAAUUCGCAUGGUAUCAGUCAAGCUGUCAAUCACAGCAAACUAGACCUUACUGACUGUCAGAUGCCUUCCGGGGCUCGGCUAAAUUUGUUUGGUAUUCGGUGAACCGUGUUGUGUGGCAAAUCCCGUGCGUCUGAUACUCCAAGGAGGCUUAAAGCACAAGCUGAGAGUGGUUUUUCCAACUCCUUGUUGGAGCCGACUCUGCUUUCCCAUUUGUAGUUCCGCAAGCAGCUGUGUGCGCGCAAAUUUGUUGGACCGAAAAGCCACCUUAAGUGUGUUUCGAACUUACUUUAUCUUGGUUACGGUGCGCGUAUGCAACGUGGUUACCGCGUGAGCAAAAUGUGCACGUCCUCGUCCGUGUGCACUUUUGUCUGACUGGCGGUUUUAAAGGUGUGACUACCAGGGCGCCGCUCAGGACGGAUAAGCUCAGUCAGCUUCUCGUCCAGCGGUUCCGCCAUACGGGAUGUAUUUUGUCAGUGGGCAGGAACCUGGUGGUUUAUAUGGGUGUCACACCUCGCUGAUAGGUUUAAUUUUUGACGACGUACGCGAACGUCCCGCCGAAUGACCCUCGGCCACACAUGGCGGCCAUAUUGCAUACACGUAAGCCUAAUUUAAAGUAAAGUGUUUUUUUUUUCGUCUUGGCCUUUUCUUCCACACAGCUGGAAGAGAGCACUGUACAUAGCAGUUGAGAUAAAAAGAUCUUGGAUAUGUAAGUCGAAUUUCCAAGGAAUGUGACAUUUUAUUUACUUUUUUUUUUCUUCGCUAUUUGCUUAAAAACUCUUGAUUUUGAUUAUAAUUUUUUUUUUCUUUUCACUUUUUGCGGCAAGGUGUGCAAGACCAUAUUCAAAUUUAACAAAAAAAAACAAAAAAAAAUAAUCCAGGGCAUCCAGGUGGAGUGGCGGUCUGUUCCAUUGCCUACCAACACAGGGGUUGUCGGUUCGAAUCCCCGUGUUACCUCCGGCUUGGCCGGGCGUCCCUACAGACACAACUGGCCGUGUCUGCAGGGUGGGAAGCCGGAUGUAGGUUUGUGUCCUGGUCGCUGCACUAGCGCCUCCUCUGGUCGGACUGGGUGCCUGUUUGGAGGG